ACCAAGUCUAGCGGCCCCCGGAAGCGUAUUUUUGUUUUCCCAGGACAGAUGAGGCCACUUUAAUAUGCGCCUAUUUUAGUAAGUAAUUGGCCUCAUCUGUCCUGGGGAGAAAAUACUCCCGGAAGCUAGCUAGCUCUCUGAGAUCGAGAGCACUCAAAUCUAUCCAGAUGAUGAGUGUUUUCAGAGUGUCCUAUAUAAGUUGCGUCUACAUAAAAAAAUCUUAUAAAAAAGUUAUAGUUUCUUCUCGGGACAUUGGCUUCUUAAGAAUUCACGGAAAAGGCAAGAUCGAUCGUGUCGACUAUUAAUAAAAUUUAAAACUAUUAAGUUCCAACAAUGCUUUUAACUAUACUGUCUGCAACCUCUGCUGGCCUUUGUGGUCUAGCAGCUGUUGUUGUCCUCCGUGCAAUGACAGUAAAGUCACGUCAGCCAAAGCCAUCUGAGCUAGACAUCGAUACAACUCCUAUAGACGGAAACCAGCAGAUUAAAGCUAAUCUACAAGAGGCAAUAACCUACCAAACUGUGUCUCGUAUGCCGGGUGACAUCAACUAUGAUGAGAUACUCAAGUUUCAUGACUUCUUAAAAAGAGUUUUCCCAACAGUUCACAGUUCACCGUUGGUAAAACGUGAAGUAAUAGCCACGUACAGCCUACUCUACACUGUAGAAGGUUCCAACCCCUCUCUCAAGCCAUAUAUUCUAGCAGCCCACAUGGAUGUUGUGCCAGUAGAUGGUCAAGAUUGGGACGUACCACCAUUUGAAGGGAGGGAGCAGGAUGGUUGCAUCUAUGGGAGGGGCACCAUUGAUGAUAAACAUUCACUUAUGGGAAUUCUUGAAGCACUGGAGCUACGACUUCAAAGACAGGAGAAGCCCACAAGAACGAUGUUGUUAUGCUUUGGACAUGAUGAGGAGGUUGCAGGAAACGAAGGAGCUGCCGUCAUCGGUAAAACCUUGAAGGAAAGAGGUACAGAAGUUGAAUUUCUCUUAGAUGAAGGGUUUACAAUCCUACAGGAUGUAAUCAAGCAAGUCAGACGGCCAGUUGGGCUGAUAGGAGUGUCUGAGAAGGGUUUUGUGAUGUUACAACUGACCGUUGAUUCUGCAAAGACUGGCCAUUCAUCAAUGCCACCAAGCGAGACUAAUGUUGGAAUACUUGCUGAAGCUGUCUCAAAACUUGAGAGGACUCCAUUUCCCAUCAAGUUUGAAAGAGGCGUUUCGUACGAUAACUUUAAUUUUUUAGCAUCAGAGGCGGACUACCCAUUCAAGUUUGUGUUUGCCAACCUGUGGUUAUUUAAGAGCAUUGUUAAACGGAUUAUGCACAAGCAGGAAAGCACAAGAGCUACGCUGCAUACAACCACAGCAGUAACAAUGUUCAAUGGAGGCAUUAAGAUGAAUGUUCUUCCUCCAUCUGCAACAGCGAUCAUAAAUCAUCGAAUUCAUCCAAGUCAGACAGUUCAGCAGGUCUUGGAUCGUGACAAACUUCUUAUAAAUGAUAGCCGAGUCAAGAUGGAGGUUCUACAGAGCAAAGAAGCCUCUAUUACCUCUCCUUAUGAUGAUAACUGCUUUGGGUACCAGACAGUCGGACAGAGCAUUAAACAUGUCUUCCCAAAUGCAAUCCUUGCCCCAGCUAUUCUGAUGGCAAACACUGACACCAUUCACUACGCCUGUGUGACAAACAAAAUGUAUCGCUUCUGCCCAACAUUGAACUACCCGGAGGAUGUUCCACGAUUCCAUGGCGUCAAUGAGAGGAUCCGUGUCAAGAACUAUGAGCAGGUGGUCAAGUUCUACUAUAUAACAAUGCACCAUGCCGACAGAGAACAUCUCUAAAUCAUAACAAUGCACCAUGCCGGAGCAUCUCUAAGUCAUAACCAUGCUCCAUGCCGACAGAGAACAUCGUUAAAUCAUAACCAUGCACCAUGCCGACAGAGAACACCUCUAAAUCAUAACAAUGCACCAUGCAGGCAGAGAACAUCUCUAAAUCAUAACCAUACUCCAUGCCGACAGAGAACAUCUCUAAAUCAUAACCAUGCACCAUGCUGGAGCAUCUCUAAAUCAUAACCAUGCACCAUGCCGGCAGAGAACAUCUCUAAAUCACAGACAUGCACCAUGCCGACAGAGAACAUCUCUAAAUCAUAACCAUACACCAUGCUGACAGAGAACAUUUCUAAAUCACAGCAAUGCAUCAUGCUGAUUUCUUUUAUUAUUUUUUUUUAAAUAUUAAAGAAUUCUGUAAAUUUUCAAAGGAAAUUAUGUAUAUUUUUGAACAGAUGUUUCAUAACUGCAGAGUAAUUUGUAUAAUUAUUUAGACAACAGAAUACAAGAAAAAAGGAGCUAAUAGUAAUAAGUUAUUUUAUCCUAUUAUGUCAAGUAUGAGUGUCCAAAGUGUUUCGAAUUUCGAGACCCAUGAAAAGGAGUUAGUGUUUAAAUUUUGAGGUUUCCUAAUUAUGUGGAUCACAUUAUAAUUAAUAUUUUGCAUUUUUUAUCUGAGGUUUUUACUUUUUCCACGUAUUUGUGACGGUCGCCAAAUUAAAAUUGAUAUUUACCAAAAUGAACUUUUUAGUUAA